AUGUGCAGAGCCUCUUCGAAUAAAUUAAAUGCAACAGGGCGUGAUUUUUGUCUUAUAGAUACGAAAAAGCUCAUGGAGCUACCAGAUAUCUAUAGCACGGUCUAUAAGCUAAACGCUGUCCAAAUCCUAAUUCAUGAACUGCAUGAGUUCAUUUUUUUCCCCCGUAAACCAGUAGUUAUAGAAUCGAUCAUCAUCUGCAUGAAAAGAUUUACAUUUGAUCAUCACGCAUAUAUGGUCUUCCUUAAACAUUUUCUGGUAGCUUAUAAUGUUGAGAACUUUUUUAAGAUUACAUGUAAUUCAUAUUUGAUAAUAAUGGCUUUCAAAAUUCUCGGAAUCACGUUUAUGAAGAAUACUUUUGAAACGUUUGCUACUCCAAAAAUUGGACAGAUGCCUAUUGACAAAAUACCCUGUUAUGCGUUGUACAUGCUCACCAGGUUUAAGUCUUUAACGAUUGCCUUGUUUGUUUUUACAAACAUUGUCGCUGCCAUCUAUUGA